CUGACUUUCUUUCUGGACCAGGGCAGCACUUUCUCGGCCACACCACGCAGCUCGCCUACGGCGAGGCCAUGGCCGAGAUGAUCGCGAUAUCGCUCUCGGCGAAGGUCGCCGCAACGCUGUCGCGCAGUGCGGUCGUCGACAUCUCCUCUCUCGUGGCCGUCCGCUCGGGCAUCGCCGCCGCGGCGCGGGACCUGGAGCUCCUCCGCGCGUUCCUCCGGUUCGCCGACUCCCGCCGCGGCGCGGACGCGCUCGCCUCCGCCUGGGUGGACCAGAUCCGGGACGUCGGCUUCGAGCUGGAGGACGCCGCGGACGAGUACGCCUUCCUCUCCGGCGGCGGCUUCGUCCGCGCCUGCGCUAACUUCGGCGCGUGGCUCGCUCUGGCCAGACGGCUAGGCAAGGCGCGGGUGAGGCUCCGCGACCUGUCGGACGCCAAGGAGCGGUACGGCAUCCGACCGGCCGAGGCCUCCGCGUCCAGCUCCGCUCCCGACGGCGGCACCGCGGCCUUCGUAGGCCGGAAGCUAGCGGAAGCAGCACAUUUCUUGCAGGAUGGGGAGAUCGUCGGCUUCGCGGCGCACAGAAGGUCACUGAUGAAAUGGCUCACGGAGGACCUUGACUCCCGGCGGUCGCUGGUCGCCGUGUGCGGGAUGGGCGGCGUUGGGAAGACCACUCUGGUCACCAGCGUGUACAAGGAGGUCGCCGCAAGCCGCCACUUCGACUGCGCUGCGUGGGUGUCCGUCUCCAAGAACUUCACUACGGAUGACCUUCUAAGGAAAAUUGCCAAAGAACUCCACCGGGACGCUCGGGCCGGCAUGCCAGACAUUGACGAGAUGGACUACCGGUCGCUGGUGGAAGCUUUGCGUGGGCAUCUCGCCAAGAAGAGGUACUUGUUAUUGCUGGAUGAUGUCUGGCAUGCCGAUGCGUGGUAUGAAAUACGCAAUGCGUUGGUUGAUGAUGGAAAAGGGAGCAGGAUAAUCAUCACAACACGCAGUCAAGAUGUUGCCUCUCUGGCAGCAUCCACCAGGAUCAUCAUGUUGGAACCGCUCCCUCAGCAAGAAGCAUGGUCCCUGUUUUGUAACACCACAUUCAGGGAAGAUGCCAACGGGGAGUGCCCGCAUCAUCUGGAGCAUUGGGCUUUGAAGAUUCUGGGCAGAUGUUGUGGUCUACCAUUAGCAAUUGUAUCAGUUGGUAAUCUCCUUGCAUUGAAGGAUAGAACGGAAUUUGCUUGGAAGAAUGUCCAUGACAGCCUUGACUGGAAUGAAAGCAGUGUUCGUGGAAUCGGGCAAGUGUCAAGCAUACUGAAUCUGAGCAUUGACGAUCUGCCUUAUUACCUGAAGAGAUGUUUGCUGUAUUGCAGUAUAUACCCUGAAGAUUUCUUGAUCAAAAGGAAAAUUCUGAUCAGGUUGUGGAUUGCAGAAGGCUAUUUUGAGGAGAAGGGCCAGGGCACAAUGGAGGAGAUUGCGGAUGAUUACCUGCACCAGCUCGUGCAACGUAGCCUGUUGCAGGUCACGCUAAAAAAUGAGUUUGGACGAGCGAAACGGCUCUGCAUUCAUGACCUGAUCAGGGAUUUGAUUUUGCAAAGGUCAGCAAAGGAAGGGUUCACUGUAUUCUCAAAAUGUCAGCCAACAUUGGAGUCAAGCAAAAAAAUCCGUCAUCUUAUACUUGAUCGAUGGGCAAGUGAUCAUCGACCAGUUCCAAAGAUGACAUUGCUUCGCUCCUUCAGCGCAUUUAAGUCAGAUGUGGAUUCUUCAGUCUUGUCUGGCUUUAGGUUAUUAACCGUAUUAAACUUAUGGUUCGUUCAGAUAGAUAAACUGCCUAGCUCACUGACCAAACUUCUUAAUCUGCGGUAUCUUGGCAUCCGUUCCACUCUCAUUGAAGAGCUUCCACAGGAUUUGGGACAGUUACAUAACUUGCAAACUUUAGAUACAAAGUGGUCCAGGGUCCAGAGACUACCACCAAGCAUAAGAAAGCUCGAUAACCUGCGCCACCUGAUAGUGUUUAGACGCCGAUCUGCAGACUUCAGGUCUCCGUUCCCUGGUACAGCAAUUGAAUUUCCAGAUGGGCUGCAAAAUCUUACUUGCCUGCAGACUCUAAAAUACAUUGAGGCUGAUGAGAAGAUGGUCAAAUCCUUAAAAAGCUUAAAACACAUGAAGAGCUUAGAGCUAUCUGGUGUGCAUGAGAGUAAUCUUAUUCAUUUGCCCUCAUCCAUCUCCACAAUGAGCGGCCUUCUGUGCUUGGGGAUUGUCAGUCGGGACGCUAAUGUAAUAUUGGACCUGGAGCCAUUUUAUCCACCCCCACUAAAGCUACAGAGACUUUCAUUGACAGGGAUGUUAGCCAAAGGUAAGUUGCCUUCAUGGUUUGGGCACCUUGAUAACCUCAUGCAGUUGCGGUUGUGUUCAUCUGAACUCAGAGGAGAUUCAAUUGGAUUGAUCUCAUCACUUCCCAGGCUGUUACAUCUUACCCUAAAGAAUGCAUACACCGACAAGAUCUUAACCUUUCCAGAAGGCAGUUUUCCAGUUCUUAAGAAGCUGAGCUUACAUGAGAUGCCUAAUCUUUCUCACGUCGAGUUUGGAAAAGGGAGUCUUGUACAUCUAAAUGUAUUAAUCCUAGGCCGUUGUGAUGAGCUAACUGCAAUACCCCAAGGCAUCGAGAACCUCACAGAGCUCAACAACCUUGAGCUUUUUGAAAUGCCAAGUGAGAUAAUACAAAAGAUUCAAGAUGGGGAAACAUUAGAGGGGAAUUAUGAAGAUUCUCAGCGCACUACAACUGUUAAGAACAUCCACUGGUAUAAUGGACGAUUGUUGCAGAAAACAAUUUACACCAACCUAUUCACUGUUCAAAUGUAGGGCAUUGAAAAAUGGAUGCAGCAUUGUGUGAAGUCUACUGGAUUUGCUGGGCACUAAAAAGAUGGAUGCGCAUCAUUAACCUUCUUGGAGGCGUCAUUUUGAGGUUUGCACACUGCUUCCACUUUGUUCCUUCUCCAGCCAGCUUUGACGGUUCAGGCAACGGCCAUAGAGGCGUUCUCUCAGAGUUUCGGACCCUCACCUCUUUGUCGGUGGUAAAGAACCUGUUGGUUACGGAAUGUGUAUUGCCAUGAAACAAGGAGGCGCUAGCCGCUAGGUGGAUUGAAGAUGAUGUGUAUGUUCUUCUCGGCUUUUCUGUUCUUAAGCGUCGUGUUGGUGUGUGUGUGCAUCCUCAAUGGUUCGCCACGUGUUGUUGUAGAGGCCGGGUUCAUCUAUUUGUAUCAGCCUGAUUCUUCAAUAAAAUAGCUGGUUUCCAAGCAAAAAAGGCGAAUCAUGCCCAGAUAUUGUAAAGCAUGCAUUGAUAUAGUGAAUGAAGUUGAUCCUGAACUGUGGAC